AGGCGGUUCGGUGUUGUUUGAAAUGGACUCGGUGGCGGUGACAGUGCCGCUUCGUCAGCCGACGAAGAAGAUGAAGAAACGGAAGGAGCUCGACGCCCUGGCGCCUCCGCACACUGUCUCCCGCCGAAGUUCCGGAAAGCGUAGCUCCCAAGAGUUACUAUCAGAUAGCAGCGACGAACGAUCGGAAUACUGGAAUAUAUCGGCCAGAAACGGCCGCAAAUGCAGAGGCAGACGAGCUUGUCCUGGAUUUUUUAAAGCUUGUAGUGCCUUUCUGGCUUGUGCCUCUGUAUUAGCAACCGCUAGUUUAAUUUGGCUGUUCAUCGACGUUCGUCAGCAACUCACUGCUCUACGGACCGAACUGGACCAAGUUAUCGCCGGUAGCGAGGGUGUUCCCGACGCGCUACAGAAAUGUCAUUCUCUAUCGAGAGAUCUUCAGAACAACCAGACCAUUAUUUUUACCCAUUUAUCCGAUCUCAAGUUACAAAUCAAUAAUUUUACGACACAGUUAGCAGUAAUUCAACGCGAUUUACACCGAGUAGAAGAAUGGUUCAAAGCUGAUCCAGCGUUAGUCAACGUGCCAACGGAUCUGAAGGCGCUUUCGAGUAGCGUGGCGUCGUUUGGAAGCCAAAUACAAGACCUGAGUGCCACAGUAAAUACGUUAAAAGAAUCAAACGCUAGAUUACAAGAUGCCCAAACCAUUAUUCAGCAGAACGUCACUGGUAUCAAGAACACCGUGACGGAGUUGUCUAACGUUACGCAAAGGCCGCAGGUGUCAACUACGAAUGAGACGAAGAUAAAGACUGAUGAACUGAACGCGGCGAUUGUACAUUUAUCGGGUAACUUGGCGAACGUCAACGAAACGCUUACGAGAGCAGUGCAAUGGGUGGUAGAAGAUCAAAAGAAGGAUCAUGAAACGUUGGUGGUGCUUCAAGAGACGAUGCAGAACGUCAGCAUGAAAGUGAUAUCGUUGGAGAGGGAAUGCGUGAAAAGUACGGUGUUGACCACUGUUACGAAGUUGAACAGCCAAGUGAGCGAGAUUCAUGCGGCUAACAUCGAGCUCAGUGAAAAAGUGAAACAGCUGGAGCAGUCGUACGAUAGUUUAAAGAAUUCUACGAGCGUGAUGCUGGCCUCGAUACCGGACGCUCAGAGGCUGGACAAAACGAAGAUCUCGGAGGAGUCGCAGAGCGAUUACGCGACGACGGAACGAGAUCGCAAUAUAUCAGCCUUAAACGAAGCGAAACAACCUGCGACAGGUAAAACGAAGCGAUCGAGAAGCCCUUAACGGUUUUUGGAGAAAUAAUUUACACGAAGAUACUUGGGCGAAUCGGCUUUAUCUUGUACGAUAAUGGAAAAAACGGAAUUCUGGGUAAUAGCACGAGAUAGAGACGUGCGUGUGUAUGUUGUAAAUACUGAAGAUAUUAAAUACGUUGAGAAAUUCCAUGUAUGUAUAUAGAGAGGUAAAUAUUUAUGACCUGAAUCAUGUGAUCUCUCAUCGUUGCUGUUAACGCGUGGGAUGAUCCGCGCGAACGACUCGCGCGGAUUAUUUUUUCGUUAAAUAGAAAACGGUCUGUGAAAAAUUGCGCAUGAUUUAGGAGGAGCUAUUUAUGAACGAGCAAUAACGUAUGCGUACGCCGAGUCAUCUAGUAUCGUCCAGAUCGAACAUCGUGUAUAUGAAGUGUGUAUGUGUUUCGAUCGUGACUAAAUGCCAAUUUUUAAAAGACGUCUACGAUCGUAUCCAAUUUGUUCGGAUACACCGUCGAAAAAGUACAAAGAGCGUUUACACUUGUUCUUGCGUUACGAGACAUAAACGGGAAGAAUGGGAAAAAUUUGUAGAAACAUUAAAAGUACUACUGUCCACUAAAAUAAUUGCAAUACAUUUUUCUACUCUUCUACUGUUUAUAGCGCAGCGGUACUUUGCCUGCCAAACGUUAGAGAGAUUAAACGAUUUGCAAAAAUUCUAUGUAUGUUCUAGCAAUCGCGUCGUUCUUUUCUCUGGUUUCUAUAGAACGUUCUUCGUUCUUUUAAUGAUGCAUAAAGUAGAGAGCUAAGUACCAUGUUUCACUGAAACGUUUGAUUGCGGGAUAGUCACCAUUUCACGUUUGCUAUAGAAUAAUCAUUUUUACCCGAGAUUUUUAGACGAGUAGUCGAUCAAACAAUCUUUAGAGAGAGAACAUUAAAACAGAGGGAGAUGAACGUAUAAAGAAUUUCAAGGGUGCACCGGACGUACUUUUCGUUAGAAAACAAAAAGCACGAAUUUGUAAAGUGCAUUCAUCUUGAAAUAUCGUUUACACCAAGUAUGUUAAGAUGCAGAUGGAUUUCCUUUGAACGUAUCCUCGAAAAUACGUUCGUUCACAGAUCGACGCAUGCAAAUGGAGACAACCGUAUUUUAAUACAUGAACGAGUCGCGACCAGCGUUAUUAUAUUUUAAAUGCGCUCUAAAAUCGUCUCUACGUUGUGUAAUGAUUUUCACGCGUAGUCAACGAGUGGACCGUAGCGAUUGUGAAUGUAAUAAUGUUUAAUUCGUCCAUUCUAUCUAGCGUGGUACGCAACACAUUGUAUAUUUACCGGGUGAACCGAUACGUCGACGAAACAAUAAAUGAACAUGCGAUAUCGGUUCAUACGGGAGGGUUAAAUUUAUAAUGAGAGAAGACAGCGUAUAAACGGUGAUACGUCGACGUGUGAA